AGCGCAGGGUUUGGAAGAUGGCAGACGACGUGGACCAGCAUCAAACUACCAACACUGUAGAAGAGCCUCUGGAUCUCACCAGGCUCAGUCUGGAUGAACGAAUCUAUGUGAAAAUGAGAAACGACAGAGAGCUUCGAGGCAGGUUACAUGCUUAUGAUCAUUUAAAUAUGAUAUUGGGAGAUGUGGAAGAAACUGUGACAACUAUAGAAAUUGAUGAAGAAACAUAUGAAGAGAUAUAUAAAUCAACCAAACGGAAUAUCCCGAUGCUCUUUGUCCGGGGAGACGGUGUUGUGCUAGUUGCCCCACCAUUGAGAGUUGGUUGAAACAAAGAAUUUAUCCUGUGUGGAAAAUAGGAGAUUUUGUAUGAUUGCCUCUUUAAAUGUAGAUAAUAUUCAAAAGAGAAACAGGCGUACGUUUUCAUUUUAAGAAAUAACCAAGAAUUCCUCCACUUCUGAAAUAAGUUGAUUUGUAGCUAACUCACAAAUUCUUAAGCUAAAUGGCAUUUUUAUUUUUCUCCAACCCUUCCAAUAAAUGUGAUCACCAA